GUGAGCCAGUGUUGUUCGGGCCGUCCAAUGCGCGACGUUAACCUUUCUAUUAUAUAUCUAUACAACCAGUGUGUCUAUAUAUGAAAUAUAUACCAUACAUGUAUAAGCAGCAUACAUGUAUGUAAAAAAACUCUACAAUUGCGCGAGAAAAUCCAUUCGAAAAUUUCCAACCGCUGUUGCGACGCCGCUCUCGUAACAUAGCAAAAUAAAAAACAAACUGUUUCGGGUGCGUUUAUUUUAUUUUUCUUUCCUAUCGUUUUGCCCUUUCGUUUGUUGAUACUCGGCUCGAGGACUAGCAGUGCGUAAUCUCCCUUUGCUACAUCAUCGUCAUCCUUAUCUGUCGUACCACGCCAGGGAUGUUCUCGGAUGAAUUUCGAGCGCAGCUAUACCACGAGUGUUGUGAUUCGUGAGUGUGUGUUGUGCGCGUUCGUCGAUGCAUAAUUCAAAAAGCGAACCUCACGCACCGUAAUAAUAACAGUCGAAACAAAGGAUGCACGAUAUCGCUCGAAUUCUGUAGCUGCAUAUCGGUGCACGAAUCGCGUCGGCCUGUCAACGCAUUAGAUCAGCGCGCCACCAAAAAAAAUAAAAACCAAAACAAACGGAGUCGUCUUUGUUUUUUGUCCUGCAUCGACACAAUGGUGUAAAUUUCGUUCUUUGUACUGAAUCAGCUGGCCGCGCGGUGCGUCUCUCUGUGCGUCGCGAGAGGAAGAUGCUCAGAGCAUGCCCUCGUACUGGAAAAAAGCAAGUUCAGCUACCGAGACUGAGAAGAAAGUGCAACAGCAGCAGCAGCAACAACGACGACGACGACGACAACGUCCUACUCUUCCUGUUUCUCGUGCUAUAAGUGGCAGAGACUCGGCAGAAUUUACUGGCGCGUAAUCGCAUAUAUUCGCCAGCCUAAAACAAAGCUCCAGGCUCUGGCCUCGUUCGCGUGUGCUUGUGUGUCUCUCUAUUAUUAUAAUAUUGUGAUAAUAUUAUCGUAAUCGUCCGCGCGUGCCAAAUUGUGUCAGAUGCGAGCGAGCCGAUGAUCAGCUGCUCCGUAUCAUAAUAUUGGCCUGUGCACGUAAAUUACAUGCGACGACGACGACGAACGACAACAACAACAACAAUAACAGCAGCAGCAGCAGCAGCAGCAGCAGACGCAUCCAAAUAGACAACGGUGUGUGCAGCUGUGUGCGACACGCAGAGAUUGUAUACAAGUCCAGAAGACGAGGACGACGCAGAGAAGGAGGCAUCCGACAGCACCCACUCGACGUAGUGACACUUUUUGUCCACGUCGCUUAUUUAUGGAGGUGAGUGACACGAGUGGUGAUACACAUCGCAUGAAUGACACGAGUCGAGUCUCGGCGAUUCGUGUCCCCGAAGCGUCGUCGCACUCGACUUCUGAACCAGCUCGACAGCUGAUCCAAGCCGCUCGCGCGCGCCUUCCACCACCGGCCACUACGACUGCUGCUGCAUUGAUGAUCCGUUCGGACGUUCGGUGCACGACUCCGGCACGUACUCACGUAUAGGCAGUUGGUGCUCGGAUUAGAAUUAUAUACACGUACGGCUGACAAGUGUCUGUACACAAUAACGAAGAGGCGACGAUCUGAUUGGCGCAAGAGAUCGCUAAAAACAGAGAAGAAGAAAAAGAAAGAAAAAAAGAAGAAGAAGAACACGACGACGACCACUACGACGAUUUAGAAGUACGAAGGAUUAGCGGUUGCGGCGGUGGGUAGCAGCCACCAUGGUCAAAACUUUUCAAGCCUAUCUGCCCUCCUGCCAUCGCACCUACUCGUGCAUCCACUGCCGCGCUCAUCUCGCUAAUCACGACGAACUCAUCUCAAAGUCUUUCCAAGGAAGUCAAGGUCGUGCCUACCUUUUCAAUUCUGUGGUCAACGUUGGCUGCGGUCCAGCAGAGGAGCGAAUCUUGCUCACGGGUCUACAUGCGGUGGCCGACAUAUACUGCGAGUGUUGUAAAACAACCCUCGGCUGGAAAUACGAACACGCGUUCGAGUCGAGCCAAAAGUACAAAGAGGGCAAGUUCAUCAUCGAGCUGGCUCAUAUGAUCAAGGAGAAUGGCUGGGAGUAGCAGCAGGGGCAUCGCCGGGCCCGCAGUGAGCCCCCGUCGCCGUCGCGCUAUUAGGCCGACGGCCACUCGACACACAUUACGCAGUCGUCCACCCGACGACGACCAUUCCAGACUUGGCUUUUCGUCUCUUUGGUGUAUGUGUGUGUCAGAUAUAAAUAUAUGUAAUGCGUCUAUGUGUGUUAGUGUGUCUGAAAACGUUUCACUUAUUCAGCGAAUAAAUUAUUAACGAUAAGAAAGAAGACAACAGUGAAAAGACAACAACUUGAUCGAGCAUCUCAAAAGCUGUUUUAAAGUUAUAACAAAAGAAGAGUCGACGUUGACGUUAUGCGACGUAUUGACUGCGACCGAAGAAUAACGAAAACCAAGACCGGCUAUCGUACGAAUCAAAUAUGUAUAUCUUGAUAUGUCGCGCGAGCCACCAAACGAAAGUCUGUGAUUUCAUUUGUGAUUUAUAUAAUAUUAGUAACGAAGAAGAUGGAAGACGAAGGAGAAGAAAAAAGACGAAAAAAAAAACAAAUAAUGCGUUCUUUUGUUUCGGACCAUAUUUCGAUUAAUCGAUGAGAGCAACUGUAUAUGUGUGUGUCGCUGCGUUAACGCAUUCACUUGUAUAUAAUAAAUAAUUAUUAUAAGAAUGAUUAAUAACUACAAAAACACCCCUCAACAACAGUUACACUUGAUUAAAAUAAAUGUACAUUUAUCAUCGAAUUUAUCCAUUCGUUUGGUUCAUCAAAAUGCACACGAUACGCAUGGAUAUAAAUACAUACAUUAUAAUUCGCAAUUAAAAAGCUUCCAAAACAUUUUCGACUCACCCAUGUACAAAGACAUUGUCGUAUCGAUAUCUAUAUACAAAAAACGCAUCAUAUAUUAAUGUACAUUAGUGCAUAAAAGACACACGAUUACAUAAUAAUAAAUACAAGAAUAUUCGAGCUUUGAAACUGACCGUAAAAACGAAUGAUAGAAAAUAUAUACAGUAACUAUUUGCGCACUUGAACGCCCGCAGAACCGACUGUAAACACAACAUAAAAAAACAGAGGAGCGUACACAAAUUAAUUAACGGAAUUAUAUAUUGUAAAAUAAAAGAAGGAAGGAAGUAGUAAUCGACAAGAGAAUCUUGCCCCCUGAGACCCGCGACGAAACGAUUAUUUUUCAAGACUCAGUACGAUAAAGUUGUAAUACCGCGUGUAAACACAACGCUGAACGGAACAGUAGUUAAUUAAACGUAACUAUUGAUCGCUAUCUGUAUACGUAUGCCAUGCGAAAUCACUUCGAUAGGUUGUUUUAAUGCGACUGUGCGUGUCUCUCUCUCUCUCUCUUUCUCUUUCUCUCUAUAAUAUAAAAAAAUUAAUUUAUUAUAAAAUGCACUCUACGCACGAUGACACACGGCGACUACGCCGAUCUCCAAGAGAAAAAAUAAACAAGUACUGAUCGAUCUAAUACAUUGUGUUUUUGUACAUGAAGUGGGAGAGUUAUAAUAUAUUAUUGCUGAUUUCGAGAAUAUACUGUAAAUAAUAUAAAUCAAAGAAAAAAGAAAGAAAAAAAGCGAAAUAAAUCAUGUAGCAUUCUCUCUAUGUGUAACAUACAUAUUAUACACAUAAUAAAAAAAUACUGCUCCCGUGCGAAACGUGCGUGGCGAAGUAGAAUAGUAAUUGCGUGUGAAAUACGGAGUACACCGAUGAUAUCAAUUGCACGUGUUGGUGUGAGUAUGUGUAUGUAUGAGUGCAUAAGACACUUGUGGAAUCCAUAGAUAUGCAUGUGCAGUUUAAGUUUUUGAGCCAAUAACCCUCGUGUAUAUUAUCAAUGUAAAUAAUGCAAACUAGUAUUCUUUCUUUGUUUGGUUUUAUUCUCGCGUAAUCGAGUAUCGAAUGUUAGAUUUCAUGACAACACGAUUGAUCCGAUUAAAUUUCGAAUUUGCGAUAGAUUUAGGAAAUUAAAGCAUUAUUAUUCCAUGGUUUAUUAAAGGGUGAUUUUCAGUGUUAGACGUUAAAUGAAAGAUUUUUUAGCUCUUACAUAUUUAAUGAAACGCUUCGAGCGCGUGAAAUGCUUCGAGCUGUCAAAAAUCAAUAACAUGGCUGCUCAUCGUUCGUUCGGAAAAAUAUAUAAGUAUAAAUAAAUCUAUGUAUAUGUGCUUUAAAACAGCAUAAGUGCCACCGUACACCGGUUACGCUUUCCAAUCGCUCUUACAUUACCGACACGUACAAAUGUACACUCACAAACACAUACACACUGCAUAACAUGCAACCACCCAUCUUCGAGUGAUUGAGACAAGAUUCUCUGCAGGCCUGCCCAUGCGUAUAUAUCUAUCAUUGGAAUUUCACUGCCGAUAUUCCUUGUGUAUAAAUAAAGUAUAUAAUUCAGCGAGAAAGCUGCAAAGCAAGAGAACGAGAUAGAGCGAAAGAAAUGAGCGUUUAUGAUUUAAUGCAUGACCUGGAUAAGAAUAUAAGAUGUAUAAAAAAGAAUGUAUACAGAAUGAAAAUAUAUGUUUUCUAAUUUGGAUUCAAACGAUGUUGUAUAUUGUGAAGAGAGAGAAGAAAGAAAAACGAUAGUUUUUAAUGUAUUUUUGACAUAAUGAAAGAGCUGCGUUUUAGCGAUUACCGCUCGCAAAAUAAAGCCUUUGAAUAAAAUAUUACUAUUAGGAUUCGAUCGUAUGGAAAAAUAAAAAUUUUAAAUGGGUCGUUUUUCUAUGCGUGAAACAGAUAGCAAUAUGGACGAUAAAAAAAAAAGGAUUGAUUGACUUGUGUCGCAGAGGUAGAAAAUUGAGAUGCGGGCGAAUAAUUUUCUCAUUAUCGCAUAAUGUAAGAAGUUAAUUAUACAUUAAUAUUAGCAUAAUGUGAAAGAGAAAGAAACAGGAAGAAUGGAUUGUAAAAGGAAAAAUUGCAUUGAAGUCAUGCGUGAAUGUACCGAAUUGUUUUUUCGUUCGCUCAUGUCUGCCAAACUCUGUAUCAUAUUAUAUCUGUUUGUCUGCCAGUUGCCACUAUUAUUACUUUUACCAAGUGAAAAGUGUUGAAUUAUAUCUUAUAUACAUUUUAUUGAAUUAUAAAGUUUGUCAUUACUGCAUUGUAAUUAAAGAGUUUACGUUUUAUUGUGCAAGAAAUAGAUUGAAUAAGGGAAUUAGGAAUGAGAAUUGUUAUAUUGAAUAUAUGAGAGGUUUGAAAUGGGUUUUCAUGAUUCUUUUAGAUUGAAAGCUGAAAAAAGCACAUGUUAAAAUUCUCAGCUACUGUUGUGUCUUGAACUGCAUUGACCGAAUCAACACCAAUUGUACUCAAGCGUCGCAAAACGUGUAUUUAUUAUUAUAUCGAGUGUGUAAUAACUUCGUGAAUUUUGAUCUCAUUAAUUAUUGUAAAUAAUAUUCAUUGCGUGAAAAAAAAUCAAUGGUACUAAUCAUUAUCUGAUAAUUACAUGUGUGUAGAGUUUAUUAUAUGAUGUAACGAAUCGAUAUAUUAUUAGAAGUAUAUCGUUAAUGAAAUAUUUGUUACGUACUACUAUUAUUGGAGUUAAGCAAAUUAUUUGUUACGAGUGAUGAAAACAAUGUCGUUAAAGAAAAUAUUUGUUAGCAAUCGACUAUAUGCCCCUAUAUAAAUAUUAUAUUUGACGCAAUAGUAACUGAGAAAAAUAAAUAUUUAAUAGCAAAAACAAUCUGUCGAUCUCAUUUUAUAGAAAAAAAACGGAAAUAAUGAAUUAUUUUGUAGAAAGAAUCGAAUUCGAUGAUGAUGAAAAUAGUAUCAAGAUAUCGCGCGUCACGACACGCAGUUGAAUCCUGUAAAACAAAAAUUAAAAUACACGACUGUUCUGUGCACUUACGCCUUUAUAAAUUUAUAUAUACCUUGUUUUUUUUCGUGGAACAUACGAAGAUUAUGUAUACAUAACGCAAAAUGCAACAAACAUCCCGAUUUUAGCGUGUGCACGUGUGCGUCUGUACGUGUGAGCAUAUAUCCUGUGAAAAUAUUAUUUACAUCUUUCGAUAAAAACGGUUUGUUUAUUAUUAUCAUUUUUACAUUUAACAUCUGCGAUGAUCAAGCGAAUAAUGUACUAAAAUAAGAUUCAUUUAUUUUUUUUUUUAAAUCAAGUUUUCGUAGUUUUACUUUCAUUAUUGUAACGGUGAACGACUUGCGUUGGCUAUAGUUUAACGUAGCAAAAAAAUGUUGUAUCCUCUAGUUUAUGAUUAUUUUAUAAAACAAAUUAUCAUCGUUUUUUUACAUUUUUUCAUAUAAUUAUUUUAUAUUUAUACUUUAAAUUUUAUUCUUGAACGAGAAUACGAAAAAUGAACUAUCGGACCUAACAUACAUGAUAUAUAAAAUGAAAAAGCAUUGAUUUUUGUAUUAAAACUAAAUUAGAGGGCAAGCGUAUCAUAAUGUGUACCGAAGCGUGUGUAUGUGUACAUAUUGACGGUGAAAAAUAGACGAUAUAAAAUGAGAAAGAAGUGCUGUGUGACGCGGACAUGAAAAGUGAAUCUAAAUCAUGCUAUAAAAUAGACGUGACGAUGUUGAGAAAGAGGUGCAUAACUAUCACGAGAAAGAGAGUAAAUAAAUAAAUAUAUCUAUAUUAUAUGUAACUAAACAUAAACAUUUUUUCUCGAGUGCGAAUGUGCCGGCCUAACGAGUAAUGAUUCUUAUGAUAUAUGUUUAUGUCUCAAAAGAGUACUUUUUUAUAAUAAAUGUGCCGAUGUCCUUAUAUUAAAAUGCAAUUAUUGUCUUGCGAGACAGGCAGAAGCUCUAUUUCUGUAUUAACUUAUACGCAUAGAGUGUGUUUAUUAUGUAUACCUUUUUAUCUUUGUUGUACCGAAAACAUAUUCAACUUUUCUUUAUACUUUUUUUAUAUGUAAUUUUUGGAAAGAAAAAAUAACACGUAAUGUAUCUGA